CUUCGUUUGAAACCUUAGCCCUGUACAGUAGGCUCACUGGCAGGUAGGUGUCCACAGCGUAUAAAUGGUGGGACACCAUCGCACCAAUUCGUAAGGACGUAGGCUGCCAGCCAACUGAACGUGCACUUGACAAGCUCCAGCGGGAGAGGUCGCGUCCGCGCUUGCAGGCUUCAUAGUGCUGACAAAGCAACCACCAUCACACGGCAUCAUGGCCUCAGUGGCAGAGAUUAUUUUCUAUCCUGCGAAAUCCGGUUCUGAUCCCCGACCCUCGAUUGCAGAGGCAGAAGCGGCGCUCGCCACGCGACCCGGAUUCAAGAACGCCUAUCUGGGUCAGGUCACGGAAGACCGAAGGAUACACUGUUUCGUCCUUGAAUGGCGCGAAAAAGCCGACGUGGUAGCCUGGGCGUCUGAUCCAAGGGCCUACAAGAUCAAGGACUCCUUUGAAAGCGUCGUAGACUUGCAAGCUGGCUUGGAGCCAUUCAUAGUUCUGACGACGUUCAAACAUGACAUUUCGGCGGCGAUGGCCGCCAAUGUGACUGAGUUUGGCUUCUUCAGCUUGCCUGAUAAGAACGCCACUGAGCACGUUGUCAUGCAGAAAAUCAUUGGAGACGUAGAUAUGAGCCAGCACCCUGUCAUCACGGUGGGAAAGGCUAAAGGAGCGGCCACAGGACACAUAUGGAUGGUCAAACCCGAGAUGGCCGAGGUGGACAAUACGACCGUCUUUACUGGUGUUUUUGGAUAUGAUAGUGUGGAUGAUCACUGGAAGUGGAGGGCCACUCGGGAGCACGCCGAAGUUGUAAAAGGCAUGGAUGUUUUUGUCAAGGAAUUGGGCCUGAGACCUGUGGAUGUGCUUGGAAAGCGAAGAGCAAUGUUUGAAGGAAGUGGGAUCAUACAUGUCGAGUUUAAAAAGAUGUUUUCUGGUCCUGCUUAGCUUUUGUGGGGACAUUAUGGUGUUGCUUGCUAGUCUUACUGCCUACUCGACUGCAUGCGAUGAAGAGAUUCGUGAGUGGUAUCAUGAACAAAGGAAAUUCAUCAAUCCAAGCUUAAUCACGCUAACAAAUCGCCCUGAAUCCCUUCUUCACGAGGCUUGCU